ACCCAGAGUUCUUCCGUUCUUUUGAAUUCUGAUCCCAACAAGUCUAUUCGAAUUGCAACGUUUAAUGUUGCCAUGUUUUCCCUUGCACCUGCCAUCCAAAAGGAUGAGGAAUCAGGUGCUUUUAGUCAUGGAAAAGAAUAUAAUGCAGCAAUGAAGAGUCCUCUGUUGACCAAUGUUCAGGCCGGUACUGCAAACUAUUAUCCAAAGAGCAUACUGAAGCAGUCUCCAUUACAUUCUUCCCUGGGUAGUCCAGAAAAUCUCUCCAAGCACAAGCAGUCAAGAUCAAAGUUGAAGGUUUCAAUCAAUCUCCCUGAUAACGAGAUUUCAUUAGCGCACACCAAGUUUCUCAGCAUUGUGAAAGAUGAGAAAGAAGGUUCAUCAAACUUGAUCACAGGCGGAAACGUCUUGAUGAGGUCUCCUGUGUGUCUUCCUUCAAGUCUAUUGAAUUGGUGGAAUGAAGAGAGCUUCAAAAGCAGCAGAAGCAUAGCAGAAAUUCUUCGGGAGGUGGAUGCUGAUAUCUUGGCUUUGCAAGACGUGAAAGCCGAGGAAGAGAAAGGCAUGAAGCCUCUAUCUGACCUGGCUGCUGCUCUAGGGAUGAAGUAUGUCUUUGCAGAGAGCUGGGCUCCGGAAUAUGGAAAUGCUGUCCUAUCAAAAUGGCCUAUAAAAAGGUGGAAAGUUCAGAAGAUUGCUGAUGAUGAUGAUUUUAGGAAUGUGCUAAAGGCUACCAUCGAUGUACCAUGGGCAGGAGAAGUGAAUUUCUACUGCACCCAACUAGAUCACUUGGAUGAGAAUUGGAGAAUGAAGCAAAUAAGUGCUAUAAUCCAAUCAAAUGACUCACCUCAUGUCUUGUUGGGAGGUUUAAAUUCAUUGAAUGGAUCAGAUUACUCACUAGACAGAUGGAAAGAUAUUGUCAAGUACUAUGAGGACCUAGGAAAGCCUACUCCAAGAGUAGAAAUAAUGAAGUUUCUUAAAGGAAGAGGGUACACGGAUGCAAAAAAUUUUGCAGGGGAAUGUGAACCUGUGGUCAUAAUUGCCAAAGGCCAAAAUGUGCAAGGAACAUGCAAGUACGGGACACGAGUUGAUUACAUUUUGGCAUCUCCUGACUCGCCAUACAAGUUUGUUCCUAGAUCUUACUCGGUCAUUUCCUCGAAAGGUACUUCCGAUCAUCAUAUAGUUAAAGUUGAUAUAGCGAAAGUAGGUGAAACUUCACGGAAAGAUUACACUAAACGGCAUCUGAAGGCAAAAGAAAGAGUUGUCAAGGUAAUGAAUAGCUCGUGUUCUUCAAGAGGGAUAUGGAAAAUAAGCACUUGAAAAACUCUUGGUCUUCUAUAGGUAUAUGAAAAACAAAAUCUUGAAGUUCAGAAAAAAAUUAAUUCUGUAUUGUUGAUGAAGCAUUAAUGCAUUCAUAUCUGU